GAGGACGUUCCAGUGAUGUAGUAGGUCUGACAAACUGCACCGUGUGAAGUCUGGGUGGUUAUAACAGUGUGACAGCAGGAAACAAAAACACUCGCUGGAUCACAAUAAGAGACAGAGGGCUGAAUGCAAAUAUGCUUAAAGCUCAGUGUGUGACUGUGGCCCUGGUCUUAUGGCUAAAAGAUUCCUUUUCCCAACUCAGUGUAUGUGGUCGUGCACCACUUAACAUCCAUUCUGUGGAUGGACGGAGUGCUUCAGAGGGGGCGUGGCCAUGGCAGGUUAGUUUACAGAGGCCUGGUAUACGUGGUGGUCAUUUCUGUGGAGGAUCCCUCAUCAACAAAGAAUGGGUUCUGACCGCAGCCCGCUGUUUCUCCAGGACUAGACAUUCUAAAGUUACUGUAUAUUUGGGGAAACAGACUUUCAAUGGUUCCAAUCCAAAUCAGAUUACCAGACACAUUAAAGAACUGAUCGUUCACCCAAACUACAACUGCACAACCAAUAACAAUGACAUCGCACUUCUGCGACUGCACUCUUCCGUCACCUUCUCUGACUACAUCAGACCAGUGUGCCUGGCUGGACAAAACAGCAGUUUUCCUGAUGGCACCAUAAGCUGGAGCACAGGCUGGGGGAGCGUCAACACUGCAGUGCCUUCACCCAGUGUGCUGCAGGAGACGAUGGCGCCCAUUAUUAAUGCAGCUUUUUGUGAUUUUCUACUAAAACCCGAGCCCAUUACUACAAACAUGAUAUGUGCCGGGUAUCUACACGGGGACCCGGAAAUCUGUCAGGCAGAUUUUGGAGGUCCAAUGGUGACCAAGCUGGGUGCAGCCUGGAUUCAAACUGGUAUCACUAGCUGGGGUAAGGGCUGUACACAGCACAGCUCACCCAGUGUUUACACUCUGAUAUCCCAGUACCAGAUCUGGAUCUCCAACAUCAUCAAAAAAAACCUUCCUGGAUUUGUCAGUUCUACUGCCAAAGACCACAGUCUGCUUUUAAUCACUGCACACCUCAGCAAUGGAACUGCAAGUAUAUCAGAAAAUGAUUCUUAUGACAGUUCUCUUUCCCAGCUGGAUGUAUGUGGUCGUGCCCCUUUUAACACCCGUAUUGUGGGUGGGCAGAGUUCCUCAGAAGGAGGUUGGCCAUGGCAGGUUAGUCUCCAGAGCCCUGAUUAUAAUGGACAUUUCUGUGGAGGAACCCUGAUCAACAAAGACUUUAUUCUGACAGCAGCCCACUGUUUCUCCAGCACCAUCUCUUCUGCUGUGACGGUGUAUUUGGGGAAACAGACUCUAACCGGUUCUAAUCCCAAUCAAAUUACGAGAGGUGUAACUCAGGUGAUCGUUCACCCCAGCUACAACAGCGCCACCCAAAACAAUGACAUUGCUCUUUUACGCCUGAGCUCUUCUGUCAACUUCACGGACUACAUCAGACCAGUGUGUCUGGCAGGGCAAGGCAGCAGUUUUCCAGAUAAAACCAGCUGCUGGAUCACAGGCUGGGGAAGCAUUGCCUCUGGAGUGCAACUGCCAGCUCCUGGUGUUCUUCAGGAGGCGAUGGUUCCUACUGUCAAUACACAGAUUUGUGAUUUUCUCCUGGGAUUUGGCUCUAUUACCCCAAACAUGAUGUGUGCUGGUUACUACCAAGGAGGCAAAGAUACCUGCCAGGGGGAUUCUGGAGGUCCGCUGGUCAUUAAGCAGGGUGCUGUCUGGGUUCAGGCUGGUAUCACUAGCUGGGGUAGAGGCUGUGCUCUGUCCUAUUCACCUGCUGUGUAUACUCAGGUGUCUCAGUACCAGACCUGGUUAUCGAGUGUCAUCAGCCAAAACCUGCCAGGAUUUAUCUAGUAUUAACACAGUGGAAGGACUGAUGGACGUACCGAUGAACCAAGUGCAAUGAAACAAUUUUCCUUUAAUAAGCUGUUUAUUAUUUAAUAUGAAAUGUUAUUUGCUAUGCUUGUCUAUAUUUAUUUUUUACUGUGAUAAAUUUGAUAUACAUAGUAGUUAUAUUUGAAGCUGUUUUAUAUUUUGUAAUUAUAAGGAAGCGUGUGAUAAUGCUCUUGUACAGUACCACGUGUUUACAUCAAGAUUACAUAUUAUUCAUGUAAUCUAUUUAUCUUCUUAAAUUACACACCUGAUUAAAAGAUAAUUACCUGUAUGAA